GGUCUGAUGGGAAAGGAGUACCGGCCAUGUGACUCCUAUGUAAAGAUGUCGAUCGUGCCAGACACUGACUGGAAAUGCAGGCAAAAGACGAAGACUGUGCCAGACAGCAAAAAUCCUGUCUUCCAUGAGCACUUUCUGUUCUGAAAUGCCUUGAACUUUUGGGCAGAGCUCCGGGGAGGCUCACAAAGCUGUCAGCACACUGUGUGGCAGCGAUGCUCCUGCACGAUUGGACUUUCUUGCUGGGCAGGAGUUGGGCAAACAUGCUCCAUUUCCUAGACCUUGCACCUGCAAUAGUGUGGGCAUCGAUACGAACAGAGUGAGGAAGCCCAGUGCAAGAGGAGGAUGAGCAGAAACGUCUCCUGGUCACAGUCUGGAACCGAGAGAGGAAUUCCAGGCAGAGCAAACUGAUUGGCUGCAUGAGCUUUGGUGUGAAGUCCCUUCUGACCCUGGACAAGGAGAUCAGUGGCUGGUAUUAUCUCCUUGGAGAGGAUCUGGGCAGGACUAAGCACCUGAAGGUGGCCAUGCGGCGGCUGAAACAGAAUAGAGAGCUGAUGCCGGGAAGCCAGGGUGCAACUCAGGAAAACCUGGGUGCUGCAACCAUGAAGCAGCUGAAGAUUACCAUCCCUCGAGGAAGCGAUGGGUUUGGCUUCACAAUCUGCUGCGACUCCCCAGUCCGUGUGCAGGCUGUGGACUCCGGUGGUCCAGCAGAAAAGGCUGGUCUGCAGCAGCUCGACACGGUGCUGCAGUUGAAUGAGCAGCCUGUGGAGCACUGGAAAUGUGUGGACCUGGCACAUGAAAUCCGGAACUGUCCCACCGAGAUCAUCCUCCUGGUCUGGAGGCUCGUCCCGCAGGUCAAGUCUGGUCAGGAAGGCAUGAUCCGCAGAUCAUCCUGUAAGUCUGCCUAUGACCUCCAGUCUCCACCCAACAAGCGGGAGAAGAACAGCACUGUGCCUCCACGGCCUGAGCAGCGCCGGAGCUGCCACAUCCUGUAUGAUGGGAGCGAUGGGCUAGUGCUGAACGGCUGGGAGAGGUACACGGAGAUCGGCAAGCACAGCCAGAACACCAUGCCACCCCUGUCCCGGGUCCCCUCCACUGCGGACCAGAACUACAUCAUCUUAGCGCCUUUGAACCCGGGGAGCCAGCUGCUGAGGCCUCUCUAUCAAGAGAACAACACUACUGUGGGAAAUGCGUGUAAAGGGAAAUCACACACAGGGUCUGGGAGAAAAUCCAGACUGAUGAAGACUGUGCAGACGAUGAAGAGCUAUGGGAACUACCAGAACUGUACCAUAGUGCGGCCACACAUCCCACACUCCAGCUACGGCACGUAUGUGACGUUGGCUCCCAAGGUGCUGGUGUUCCCCGUCUUUGUGCAGCCCCUAGAUCUUUGCAACCCAGCCCGGACUCUGCUUCUGUCAGAGGAGCUGCUGCUUCAUGAGAGCAGAAGCAAGACGAUACAGGUGACCCUCUUUGUCUACUCCGACCUGCUGCUUUUCACCAAGGAGGACGAGCCUGGGCGCUGCAAUGUGUUGAGGAACCCUCUCUACCUGCAGAGCGUCAAACUCCAGGAGGGAUUCAGCUCCAUCUCCUUGGAAAGGCACCGACCCCAGUCACUGGCACUGAUAGAGUCCGAGACAGACAGCCCUAGACAGAGCUACCGCCAACCGCAAGGAUGUAGGAACAGGACCUGCUCUGGUUACUUUUCCUGGGAGCAAAGUAUCCAGAGAGGUUUAGAAGAUCGGAAAUUCUGCAUCCUUUACCUUGCAGAGAAGUCGGAGUGCUUAUUAAGUUUGGAGGCUUACUCCCAGGAGCAGAAGAAGAGGAUCUGCUGGUGUCUGGCUGAGAACAUCACCAAGCAGCAACAUCCGGCAUUGGCUCCUACAGAGAACAAGAUGCUGGAGACAGACGCUGAGAAGCCAGGGCAGAUGCACUCAGAGAAUGGAAAGGCAGCAGCAGGCGAUGCUCCUCCAGCUGCAGAGGCACCAGCGCCAGCUGAGUCCCGCGAAGCUCUGGGAACCACCCAGGGUCCUCUCCUGGCAGAAAAGCAGCCGGUGGCCACCAAGAAGGGAGAGGAGCAGCCCAGCUCCCUGCAAUCCUUUAUCAUCCCUGAGCUGCGGCUUGACAGCACCUUCAGCCAGAGCGUGAUGGGCACAGUGAGUGGUACCACGGAUGGCGAAGAUGAAGAAGAAGAUGAUGAUGAGGAAGAUGAUGAUGAGGAGGAUGAGGACAGUGAUGAGCACUACUUAGAGAGGAACGAGGCAAAGCGCAGCAGCAUGGUCGAGACAUCAGGCUGCCAGCCUGCCUAUACGCUGAGCGUGCAGAGCUCGCUGCGGCGCCGGACCCACAGCGAGGGCAGCCUGCUGCAGGAGACCAAGAGCCACUGCUUCACCUCCGACACCACCCUCAACUGCUUGGACAGCCAGGGCAGCAAGGGCCACUGGGCUCUGCCCUCCCCUAGGACCCUCAAGAAAGAGCUUGCCAAAAAUGGUGGCUCCAUCCACCAGCUCACCCUGCUGUUUUCGGGCCACAGAAAGAUGAGUGGAGCUGACCCUGAAUGCAGCUGUGAUGAAGGGGAUGAGACCUCCCGCAAGAAACGGAGCAGGAACAUAGCCAAGGAUAUGAAGAACCGGCUGGGGAUUUUUCGGCGGCGAAACGAGUCGCCGGGGGCCAACCCGUCUGGCAAGCUGGACAAAGUGCUCAAGUCACUCAAGCCCACUCCCGAGGAAGCUCUCAAAUGGGGGGACUCCCUGGAGAAGUUGCUGCUGCACAAAUAUGGACUCGCUGCCUUCAGGGCCUUCCUACGUACCGAGUUCAGCGAGGAGAACCUGGAGUUCUGGCUGGCCUGCGAGGAGUUCAAGAAGAUCAAAUCCCAAUCCAAGAUGGUCUCCAAGGCCAAGAAGAUCUUUGCUGAGUACAUCGCCAUCCAGUCCUGCAAGGAGGUUAACCUGGACUCCUACACGCGGGAACAUACCAAGGAGAACCUGCAGAACAUCACCCGCAGCUGCUUCGACCUUGCACAGAAGAGGAUUUAUGGGCUCAUGGAGAAGGACUCCUACCCCCGCUUCCUCCGCUCUGACUUGUACUUAGACAUAAUUAACCAGAAGAAAGCCAGCUCCCCACUGUAGACCCAAGAACUCUCUCGGGGCAGGCUUGGAGCUGUGUGUUUACAUGGAAUCGGGUGGCGGAGGCCUUUCCAGGGGACGGCAGGAGCCUGCCUUCCUGCUGCCGUUUGUGCCCCCAAGCCAUAUUCUUGCAGCGGACAGGUGUGGGGCAGCCAAAGGCAUUGAGCAUGAGGCCAAGAGGACCAACAAGCCAAGCAGUCUGGUACUGCUCCAUCGCCCCGUCUCACCAUCGCUGGUACGACGCCUUCGGGGUGACUCUGGCAUGGAUUUUAGCCAGGAGGGAAGCUCCCACAAGACUACUGUGAAGCGUGCGCCCGAGCUGCGAGCGUUGUUGGAAGGCAACGAUUGAUCCCGACUUGGCGAGGAAGAGGAGGAAUUCUGUGCAGGGCUCCGGCAAGGGGACAACAGCACCGACAUGAACACCUUUCCCAGCUAAAAGACUUCUGAAGUGGACCAACCCCAUGAUGCUGCUGUGCUUCCCCAUGCCGGCGAUGCCCGCUGGCUCCCCCGAAGCAGCUGUUCCGCAGGAGCCCAGCACUUCCCUUGCUCGUGGUCCCUCCGGGAGCAGCAAAGCUGGGUCCUUCCCCUGUGCUGGAGGCGUGCAAGGCAACUGCCUCCCACUCCCACCCCUGGUUUAUUUAUUGACCUCCUUAUAGCUGGACGCGUUGCUGUGUAAUAGGAAAUCCUUGUGUCCUUACCCGUUCUGAAAUUCCAAGUGCAAUAUUUGUGUGUGUCGCGGCGGAGUUCUCCGGUGGAGUGGAUGCCUUUUUGUUUUAUUUGCUGAGUGCGUACAACAUUUUCUAAGUUAGCGGGUUUUAUCUGACCAAACGCGUUCCCUAGCAGCGGGCCGCUGGGGGAGCCUGGGUGUAUAUAUGGUGCCCUGACGACAGAGGGGUUGCUGAUGGAGAAAAGCAGCUCUGGGAAUCAGAUGCUCUCCUUACUCUGGAUAAUGAUAUUGUGGUCUGAGAAGCGGGGGUUAUUGCUGAACCUGGCCGAGCUGGAUGAACUGCCUGCCUCCAGGUGCCCAGUUUACAGUGCGAAGCAUCUCUGCAGCUAGCAAAAAUACAUUGGCAUGGUCAUAGGUAAAUAAAAGGAGA